CACUCUCUCUCUCUCUCUCACACACACACACACACACUCGUGUCUCCAUCAGCGCUGCGCUAGAGGCGCGUUCACUGCAGCUCUGUGGAGCACGCUAGAGAGAGGGACGCGCUGCUGCGGCUCGGGGAUUCAUGAGCAAGACAGUAUCCGAGGGGCAGAGACUACAAAAGUGUCCAUGUUCAGCAGGAGCGGCGUCAUCAUGGCCUCGAUCUCGGAGUGGUACGCGGGGAAGAACGUGCUGAUCACCGGAGCCACGGGCUUCAUGGGGAAGGUGCUGGUGGAGAAGCUGCUGCGCUCCUGUCCCGACGUCAACGCCCUCUACAUCCUCGUCCGGCCCAAGGCGGGUCAGUCCAUGUCCGAGCGUGUCCAGGACAUGAUGAAGUGUAAGCUGUUCGACCGUGUGCGUGAAGAUAAUCCUGACUUUCAUCAGAAGAUCAUCCCCAUCAGCAGCGAGCUCACGCAGCCCGGCCUGGCCAUCAGUCCAGAGGAUGUGCAAACACUCACUUCCUGUAUCAACAUCGUCUUCCACUGCGCCGCCACCAUCCGCUUCGACGAGCCGCUGAAGCAUGCGCUGCAGCUGAAUGUCAUCGCCACGCUGCAGCUCCUCUCUCUGGCGCAGCAGAUGCAGCACCUGCAGGCCUUCAUCCACAUCUCCACCGCCUACGCCAACUGCAACCGCAGACACAUCGACGAGGUCAUCUACCCUCUUCCGGUCGAGCCCAAGAAACUCAUCGACUCUCUGGAGUGGAUGGAUGACAGUAUCGUCCGUGACAUCACGCCGCGUCUGAUCGGUGACCGGCCGAACACUUACACUUACACCAAAGCGCUGGCCGAGUGUGUGGUGCAGCAGGAGAGCGGCAAACUCAACAUCGGCAUCAUACGGCCGUCCAUCGUGGGAGCCAGCUGGCAGGAGCCGUUCCCCGGUUGGAUAGACAACUUUAAUGGACCAAGUGGUGUUUUCAUUGCUGCUGGGAAGGGCAUCCUGCGCACCAUGAGAGCCAGUAAUGACGCGGUGGCCGAUCUGAUUCCUGUAGACGUGGUUAUAAACCUGACGCUGGCUGCUGGCUGGUACACCGCAGUGCACAGACCGAAAACUGCACUCGUGUACAACUGCACAACCGGAGGCAUUAACCCUUUCCACUGGGGAGAGAUCGGUGCGUACAUACUGACAGUCUGUGGACGAAACUGUGCUGAACUCAUCCUCGUGAUCUUUCAGACCUUCAACUUUGACGUUCGCCAGCUGAACUGGCCCGAGUACAUCGAGAAUUACUGUAUCGGCACCAAGAAGUAUGUUCUGAACGAGGACAUGUCCGACAUUCCCGCCGCCAGACAGCACCUGAGGAAGCUGAGAAACAUCCGAUACACGUUCAACACGGUGCUGCUGGUCUUCAUCUGGCGCGUCUUCAUCGCUCGCUCUCAGAUGGCCAGGAACAUCUGGUACUUCGUCGUGAGCUUGUGCUUCAAGUUCCUGUCCUACUUUAGGGCUUCCAGCACUCUGACCUAAUGACCAGAGCAACAGGAAGUGUGUGUCCCCGUCCUCCGAGCACUUCCUCUUCCAGAGGUGUCUUCAGCCAUCCACACACACACACACACACACACAGGUGUUUCUUUAGCUUUCCUCACCGGCCGCUCGCUCCACCUGACUCCUCCAUGUGCUGUUUUUAAAGGUGUCCUCUUUUAUAACGACUGUCCUUAAUACCGAUUAUAUAUGCAACCGCAUUUUACAUUGUUUCUCCUUUACAUUCUCAUCGCCAUCCAACAUCUGGAGACGUUGCCUUUGUGUCUUCUGAUGAUUUUAGCCUUCUCGACUACAGACAGUGUUUUGGACCACUGGAUCUACCGCUCAAAGCUUUGCUGUUUGCAGCCAUUUCUCUCUCUCUGUGAGUGUGUUUGUGUCUUUUGGCUGUUCGUUUGUGUCCUGUCUGUUCUAAUACCAUGUAAUCCAGCCGGAAAACUCUCGUACCGUGUGGUACUAAAGCCUACAAGAACAUAGUCUAGCAUCUUCACUGCGGUUUUGGUUGGUGUUUUGUCUUUUUUCUUGUUUUUUCAUUUGCCGCGUUCGGAGGGAAAGGCCAGUGAACUGCAACAGACCUGAUGCAUUUAUAACAUCACACAUUCGCUUGCUCAACUAUACAUCCACCAGUUUAAACAUGAACACCCAAAAUCAAAAGAAAAAAAAAGUCUAUUCAUGAAAAAACUGCAGCCUAUUUUUAAGGAACGUAAAAUAAUUCCUUAAAGUGUUUAGUUUAACCUUUUCAUGACAAUUAAGCACAUUUACCCCCAAAUUUAAUGCAUUUUUAAUGGAUCUUGAGUUAUGCUUAAUAGCAAUUCUCAUUACAGUAAUACAGU